AUGACCGAAAUUUCGAAACAAUCGUGGUUUCACGGUUUGCUGCCGCGCGAGGAUGUGAAAGCCAUGUUGAAAGUGAAUGGCGAUUUUUUGAUUCGGACCUCUGAGCCUGUGGCUGGCAGGGCUAGACAUUUGAUUUUGUCGUUGAUGCAAAAUUCGACUGAUCAAGAGACGGGGGUGAGUAGAAGUCUUUGGACGAAAGAAGUUCAUAAGGUUCUACCGGUUCAAAAUGGAAUAAGUGUUUCAUAUAAGUAACACAACAUAUUAUCCAGAAUCUUAUCGGUACCACGCGCUCCACCGAAAUAAACACGCAACGCAGACCGCGCCGCGCCACAACACACACAAAAAAAGGGAGGGAAUUUGAAUCGUUCCCCUAUUUGUGUGUGUUGUGGCGCGACGCGGUCUGCGUUGCGUGUUUAUUUCGGCGGAGCGCGUGGUACUGAUGAGAUUUUCGAUAAUAUGAUAAGAUAUGGGCGGAGCUCAGGAUGACCUUGAUAAGGUUUUCCGUAGGAGACAGGUCCCGGGAUGAACUUCUGAUGAAAAUAUAUUGAAAUAUACAAAAUCGAACACGAUCCCAUAGUCAAAAAUUGUCAGAAACCCUUGUGAGCACAAUUUGAAGCUCCAAAUUGUGCUCACAUGGGUUUCUAACAAUUUUUGACUAUCUUGUCAGUUAAAUUCUACUUAUCUCAACUCUUAACAUGAGUUAUGACGUGGCAAACGUUCUAAAAUCGUUUUAUAGGAUUUUGUGAGCUUUGCCACGUCAUAACUCAUCUUCAGAGUUGAGAUAAGCAUAAUUUCUUUUCUGCAGUGUGAUUCUAGAAGUUUUCAACUAGUUCUUCGUGAUCCUGAAGUCAAUUUCUGUUUAUUUCAAGUCUAAACAUGAGUUAUGCCGUGGCAAGGGUUCUAAGAUACGAUUUUGUGAGCUUUGUCACGUCAAAACCUAUCGUCAGAGUUGAGCUGGGGUCUGAUUCUCGAAGUUUCCAGCCUGCUGUUCAUGGUCCCGCCGUCAAAUUCAUCUUAUCUCAAGUCUGAACAUAAGAUAUGACGUGGCAAGGGUUAUAGGAUCGUAAUUAACGAUUUUGUGAGCUUUGCCACGUCAUAACUCAUCUUUAGAGUUGAGAUAAGUUGAAUUUGACGGUGGGACCAUGAUCAGCAGGCUGGAAACUCCAAGAAUCAGAUCCCAGCUCAACUCUGACGAUAGGUUUUGACGUGGCAAAGCUCACAAAAUCGUAUCUUAGAACCCUUGCCACGGCAUAACUCAUGUUUAGAUUUGAAAUAAACAGAAAUUGACUUCAGGAUCACGAAGAACUAGUUGGAAACUUCUAGAAUCACACUGCAGAAGAGAAAUUAUGCUUAUCUCAACUCUGAAGAUGAGUUAUGACGUGGCAAAGCUCACAAAAUCGUGAAAAACGAUUCUAGAACGUUUGCCACGUCAUAACUCAUGUUCAGAGAGGUUGACAACUUCUAGAAACCAGAUUUUUUUUUGAAGAAAACCUUUCAAAAUCAAUCAAUAAUGUUUUUCAGACGCGUCACUAUGUAAUUUGCGAAGAUGGCGCCAAAUUUUCGGUAAACGAGAACAAAAUCUUCACAACAAUCCACGAACUCAUUGAUUUCUACAAAAAAUCGCCAAUAAGCAUCAAAGAAGAGUCAAGUAUUCUAGUCAACCCAAUAGAACGGCAAUUCUGGGAACUCGCUCACGAAAAUAUCAAACUCACAAAAACGUUGGGCGAAGGAGCGUUUGGUGAGGUGAAAAAAGGCACACUGGUGACUAAAAAUGGGCAAAUUGUGGAAGUCGCUGUGAAAGUGGCGAAAUUGGAGAAGUGCACAAAAGAGCAGAUCAAAGAAAUCAUGGCCGAGGCGAGACUUAUGCGCAAUUUCGAUCAUAAAAAUGUGGUGAAAUGCUAUGGAACUGCUGCGGGACAAGAACCGCUGAUGGUUGUGAUGGAAUUGGUGUGUGGCGGUGGACUGGAUUCGUAUUUGACGAAAAAUAGUGUGAAAAUUGCGGAGAAAUUGGAUAUUAUGUAUCAGGUUUAGGUUUUUUGGCCGAGUUUGGGAUCCCGUUGUCAAUAAUGCAAAGCUACUUAUGACGUGGCUUCUGAAAUUUUGAUAAAACAUAUCGAAAUAUACAAAAUCGUCCAUGCUGAUCACGAUUCCGAAGUCAAAAAUUGCCACAAAUGCCUGUAAGCACUUUUCUGGAGCUCCAAAGUUACAUAGAAUUCAGUUUUGGUUUUCACCGUAUAACUUUGGAGCUCCAGAAAAGUGCUCACAUGCAUUUGUGGCAAUUUUUGACUUCGGAAUCGUGAACAGCAUGCUCUAUUUGGUAUGUUUCGAUAUGUUUCAUCGAAAUUUGCUUCCCUUGUGAGAUUGAAAAUUGUAGCGCGUGCGGUUGCGACGCGGCUUGAUUGUCUAGUCUGACAGUUGACAGACCAGAAGAUUUGAGAUUUCAGGUUGGAAAUUUUUAAAGACAGCUAGAAAUCGUUCAGAAAAUUUUUUUUGCAUGUUUUAUAGCAUUCUUCAAAGUAAAAAAAAACGUAAAAAGAUAUAUAUGAAUAAAUAAAAAAUUCGGGAAAACAUGUAACAGAAUGAGCCAAAAAAUGACAGCAAUAAAUAUAAACAGGUUCAAAAAGAAAAAGGCGGGAAGAAAAGGAGUAAAGAGUACUUGCGCGCCAACUAACAAAGUGCAAAAUGGCAGUGAAUGGUGUGUUAGAACUAAGACAAAAGGUUGUGUAAUAAGACAUUUUGUUAAGGAAUGGAAGAUGAAUAGACGUUGAUUUUUAAAAGGUUUCUCAAAAGAGUGCGAUAAUUGGGAGCUUAUGAGCGCCAAUUAAAAAAAUUUGAAAAUAAUUGCGUUUUGGUGGUGGAAUUUUGAGUUUGAAAGUUUGAAAUUCACUAACCUGACUCUAAUUUGAGCUGGAAUUUCGAAAUAGGACUACGCUUAUAUUGUCGAAGUUAAAAAAUGUGGCAGCCGUAAAAAAUAAAAAAAACCAGUGCAGAGCUGAAUGAAUGACAAACUCAUAUAACUUCGUCAGUCGCGAGCGGUUGUGCGUUGCGGUCGAAAAACAAUCAAUAAUCCAUUGUUUUCCUUUGUUUCCCGACCGCGACGCACAGCCGCACGCGACUGACGAAAUAAUUACUUUGUCAUUCAUUCAGCUCUGCACAGGUUUUUAUUUUUUACGGCUGCCACAUUUUUCAACUUCGACAAUCGUGUUCACGGGAAGAUGCACAAGAGGAUUAGGAUUAGAGUUCAAACUAUACAUUUAGACUAGACUAAACAAUAGUUAGACUAGACUAUAGUUUGUAUCGAUUGCGCGCGCUACGAUUUUCGAUAAAAUUCUAGGAUUUCUUCAACUUUCCAAAGUUUCUAUGAGCACUUUAAAAAUGUUCAAAUAUUGAAGAAUUAAACUCAAAUUGCACUUACUUCACAAAAAAUUGAAGAAAAAAUGAAAGUGGCCGAACUAUUUUGGUGGCCGAGAAAUGUCGGGAAUUCGGCCAAUGCAACAAACUCGCUCUAAUGUUGCAAACAUUCUCAUUGUUGAAGCGCGUGGCCGAAUUCCCGACAUUUCUCGGCCAUCAAAAUAGUUUGGCCACUUUCAUUUUUCUUCAAUUUUUUGUGAAGUAAGUGUAAUUUGAGUUUAGUUAAUCCAUAUUUUAACAUUUUUUUCUCACCAACCUAAAAUUAAUUCCAGGUUGCACAAGGUGUUGAAUAUAUCCAUCGACAAGAAGUGAUUCAUCGCGACAUUGCUGCCCGAAACUGUUUAUACGGUAAUGGAAUCGUCAAAGUUUCCGACUUUGGUCUCUCACGCAGAGGAACCACUUAUCAAAUGAACCCCAAAAACAAGGUUCCAAUUCGCUGGUUGGCUCCCGAAACUCUACAAACAUUUUUCUAUUCGGGACCAUCGGAUGUUUUUGCAUUCGGCAUUUUGUGUUGGGAGGUUUUGGAGAAUGGAAAACAACCGUAUCCCGAGAUGACGGUGGCUGAUGUUCAUCAGAAGGUUAUGAAGGAGAAUUAUCGGAUGGGGAUACCGAUUGAUGCGCCGCAUGAGUUGUCCGAACUUAUUGUGAGUUCUAGACGCCUAGAAUCUAGAGGGGGAGCUGACGCAUUUGAUGUAGGCUACAAAAAUUGCGUCAACUUUAAAUUCUCACUGACACGUUUUUGGUGCGUUCUCAACCUACAAAAAAUGCGUCAGCAGUUGUAGCGCUGACGUAUUUUCUGUAGACUAUCUGAAACGAUUUUUUGAGCUACAAAAAACACGCCAACACUGGAAAGGUGUCAGUUUUGAGCAAAAAUCGAUGCUGACACGAUUUUGGUGCUGUCGCAUUUGAUGUAGCCUUCGAAAAGCACGUCAUCACCAUAAAUAUGCUUACUGGAAAUGCGUCAGCAGUUGUAGGACUGACGUAUUUUCUGUAGACUAUCUGAAACGAUUUCUUGAGGCACAAAAAACGCGCCAGCACUGAAAAGUUGUCAGCUUUGAGCAAGAAUCGACCCUGACACGAUUUUGGUGCUGAUUCAUUUUUUGAAGCCUGAAAAAUAUCAAUUUUUUCCAAAAUUAGAGCUACAGAAAAUGCGUCAGCACUGAAAUAUGUCAAUUUUUGAUCAAACUCAUGACUGACACAUUUUUGGUGUUGACGCAUUUUUUGUAGAUCCUCAUAAACUCAUCAAGGAGGUUUCUACACUGACGCAAUUCUUGUAGCCUACAAAAUAUGCGUCAGCACCAAAUUCAUAUGAUUUUUGGUGUUGACGCAUUUCUGAUGGAUCUACAGAAAAUACGCCAACACCAAAAAUGUGUCAAGAAAGUUCUACUGGCGCAUUUUCUUUAGCUGCAAAGUUUUCAGCUUCUGGAAAUGUGUCAAUCUGAAAUCAUAGUCUUCACUGACACAUUUCUGGUGCUGACGCAUUUUUUGUAGCCUACAAAAUGUGUGUCAGCAUCCCACUCUCUCAUUUUUUUUUCCAGAAAAAAUGUUGGCUGUCCCAACCGUCUGAUCGUCCGCGCGCUGAAUCUCUCGUCAAAACGCUCUCCCGCCUCGUUCCGCCCGAAAAACGCGAAAAGACUGUGCUCCAACAACUCGAAGAGAAAUCGUGUCCAGAUGACGAGGAAGCGGAAGAGGCGAAUACGCAACGAGCUUCCGCACUCGUCGCACCUUCCGCGCGCAAACCCACCGCAGUGUCGAAAACGGACGGCCUUCCGCGAGCAACGACACCCACAAAAUCUGGCUCGCAAGCUUCUGUUCCGCAACCUUCCGCGUCGGAAGCCACGUCGGCGUUUGGCGGAAAGAAUAAGAAGCGACGGAAUCGGUUCCUCGAUCGCGGAAAUCCGCUUCUUAACGCAACGCGAAGCCUUUCCGGAACCAAAGUGAAUAAUAAUACGGAAUCGCAAGACACAAGAACUCAGGAAUCGGGACAGCAAAAAAUUGCCAGUGAACAUAUUCAACCCGGAUUUAUGAGAUCGCGACCGUCUUGUCAUUUGAUGUUGAAAGCGGAACGGAAAUCGAGAAGUCGAGCCAAUUUGAGCAGUUCCAAUGAUAAUAAAGAGGCGAAAAGUGGAAUUUUUGGCAAGGUGAGCGGGUUUUUGGGGCGGGAAUUUGAUCGAAAUUCUGAAAAUUUGAUGAAAAAUGAGCCAAAAUUUGAAAUUUUUGAUGAAAAACUACUUUUUUUCAAUAGAGCGCACUUGAUUUUUCCUCGAUUAUCCUUCAGAAAAUCCAUGUUUUUUUUGACUAUUUUUCGCUGUUUUCCUAAAUUUCUCAAAAGCUUUUUCUGAAAAAUCAGGGAAAAUUUGAAUUUUAUAUUUUCGCGCCCUAAAAAUUGUUUUUCAGUAGAGCGCACUUGCUUUUUGAGAAGAAAAAUGUUCAAAAAAUCGCCUAGAUUUGGUGAUUUUCAAUAGAGAGCACUUGCUUUUUCCGAAGAAAAAUCGAGAAAAAUUUGAAUUUCCAUGCUAAAAUCGUGAUUUUCAAUAGAGCGCAUUAGCUUUUUCAAGAAUUUUUUUUUCUGAAAUCUUAGGUAUAAUUUGAAUUUUACAAUUUCGCGCCCUAAAUAUUGUGUUUCUCAAAAGAGCGCACAUGCAAUUUCAACUAGAAAAUUUUGAAUUUCUUGUUUUGGAGCCAGAUUUCUAUGAUUCUCAAUAGAGCGCACUUGCUUUUUAAGGAUAUUUUUAAAAAAUUUGAAUUCUCAAUAGUGCGCACUUGCUUUUUCCCCACCAACAUUUCGAAUUUUAAUUAGAAAAAUUCAAAUUUUCCAAUUUCGCGCCUAAAAACCCAUUGUUUUUUUCAGAAAAAGAAGAGACCGUCUUCGAAUUUGAAAUGGCAAUAA